AACAAGUUCAUCCAGAAGUAGAAGAAUUGGCAGAUCCUUAGGGAGGGAGGGAGGAUAGGGGAUCAAUUCAAACAAAUCAAAUACACCAAACAAAUCACUUCCUGCAUUAUCAAUAGCCACUUGUUACUCGUACAAUGGCGAGAGAGAGAAAAAAAGAGUAAUAAGAACCCCGCAAUCUGCACCGGAUUUCUCUGCAAAAAGAAAAACAUCAUAAGUUGACGGAAUAUUUUCUUUUCUUUUCUAUCUUCACUGUCAACUUUUCUCUUCAUCUCUCUCGACCUACCUACUUUAGUAUCUCAAGUUGAAUCGUGUAUUAAGCGCCCCUCCCUUAUCUUGUUUGCGCGGUUAGAAGAGAGCUAAACCAUACAUACCAUCAUACCCCCAUCAUCAUAGCUCCUCAAAUCCGGAGAGUAGAGUACUAGGAACUAGCCUCAUACAAUCUGUCAAAAACAUUAUCUGCAAGAAUGGCUAAUGUAAAUGAACUGGCAACUGCUUCAAUCAUGAAGAACGAAGCACCAAAGGGAAUCCCAAACGAUGGAACGGGUGUUAUCCAACUUGAUCCAUGGCUCGAACCAUUCAGAGAUUCUUUAAAACACAGAUAUUCAAAAGCACAGCAAUGGAUUAAAACCAUCGACGAUACCGAAGGUGGUAUUGAGAAAUUCAGCAGAGGUACCGAGAAGUUUGGAUUCAAUGUCGAUAAGAAGAACAACAUUACCUACAGGGAAUGGGCUCCGAAUGCAACACAAGCAUUCUUGAUUGGUGAUUUUAAUGAUUGGAACCGCGAGUCUCACCCUAUGAAGAAGGAUCCUUAUGGGGUUUUCGAAAUUGUUCUGCCUGCAAAGGAUGGCAAACCAGCCAUCGCACAUAAUUCCAAGAUCAAGAUCUCUAUGAUUACACCUUCUGGCGAACGAAUUGAACGAAUUCCUGCAUGGAUCAAAUAUGUCACACAAGAUCUCUCCGUCUCCCCAGUUUACGAUGCUCGAUUUUGGAACCCACCUGAGUCCGAACGAUACGUCUUCAAGCAUCCCAGACCAAAGAAGCCAGAAAGUGUUAGGGUAUAUGAGGCACACGUUGGUAUUUCUUCCCCAGAACUACGGGUUUCCACAUACAAGGAGUUCACAAAGAACAUGAUACCAAGAAUACAUCAUUUGGGUUAUAACGUUAUUCAGCUUAUGGCUAUUAUGGAGCAUGCAUAUUAUGCAAGUUUCGGUUAUCAAAUCAACAGUUUCUUUGCUGCAAGCAGUCGAUAUGGUACACCUGAUGAGCUGAGAGAGCUCAUAGAUACCGCACAUGGACUUGGUAUCACUGUGCUGCUUGACGUAGUUCACAGUCAUGCUUCCAAAAAUGUAUUGGAUGGGCUCAACGAGUUCGACGGAAGUGACAGCUGCUAUUUCCACGAGGGUCCUAAAGGAAAGCAUGAGUUGUGGGAUAGUAGACUUUUCAACUAUGGAUCUCAUGAAGUCUUGAGAUUCUUGCUCAGCAAUUUACGAUUCUGGAUGGACGAAUACAACUUUGACGGGUUUCGAUUUGACGGUGUUACGAGCAUGCUUUAUACCCAUCAUGGAAUUGGAACGGGGUUCUCGGGUGGUUACCAUGAGUACUUUGGCCCAUCUGUUGAUGAGGACGGUGUUGUCUACCUCAUGAUUGCCAAUGAGAUGUUACACCAAAUUUAUCCAGAAUCGUUGUCUAUUGCAGAAGAUGUUUCGGGAAUGCCCGCUUUGUGCUUACCAUUAGCACUCGGUGGUGUAGGGUUUGAUUACAGACUUGCUAUGGCCAUUCCUGACAUGUGGAUCAAGAUCCUCAAGGAGAAGAAGGACGACGAAUGGGAUCUCGGAAAUAUCUGCUUUACUUUGACGAACAGACGUCAUGGUGAGAAGACUAUCGCAUACUGCGAGAGUCACGAUCAAGCAUUGGUCGGGGAUAAGUCCAUUAUGAUGCACUUGUGUGACGCAGAGAUGUACACAAAUAUGUCAAGACUUACAGAGUUUACGCCAAUUAUCGAGCGUGGAAUGGCAUUACAUAAGAUGAUUCGCCUCCUGACAUCCGGUCUUGGAGGUGAAGGUUAUCUCAAUUUCGAGGGUAACGAAUUCGGUCAUCCAGAGUGGCUCGACUUCCCUCGUGAAGGCAACAACAACAGCUUUUGGUAUGCUCGCCGUCAAUUUAACCUUCCAGAUGAUGAUCUUCUUCGUUACAAAGCACUGAACGAGUUUGAUUCCCACAUGCAACAUCUUGAAGCAAAGUAUGGUUGGUUACACAGUGAUCAAGCUUAUAUUAGCUUGAAGAAUGAGUCUGAUAAGGUUAUUGUCUUUGAGCGAGCUGGUUUGUUAUGGAUCUUCAAUUUCCACCCAACUCAAAGUUUCGUAGAUUACAGAGUUGGUGUCGAACAAGAGGGUACUUACAAAGCUGUUCUCAACACUGAUACCAAGGAUGUUGGAGGAUUCGAAAGAAUUGACUCUUCAACACGCUUCUUCACAACACCUUUUGCAUGGAACGACAGAAAGAACUUUAUUCAAGUAUACAUUCCAACCCGUACAGCAAUAGUUUUGGCACUUGAAUCUACGCUAUAAAAAUUAGUAGAUAAAAUGGCUAUUCGGCGGGCAAACAGGUUGAAGAAAUGAGUAAAAUAAAACUGGAAUAUGACUGAGAGAUUGGAGACGGAAAAAGUAUGCGGAUUCUGCUUUCAAUACCUACCUCUUUAUGUCGAUAGAUUUAUUUUAGCUACCUAUGUGAGCGAGCCUUUGCAGCGAAGGAAAAAAAAAUAGAUUUUUCGGUUUUCUCCCCCGCCAAUUAAAAAAAGAAAUUUUGGUGGGAAAAUAAAUUAUGUGAUGAUUCUUUGUAAAUCCGACCAAGUAAUACUACGAACGUACCUAGGUAAUAAUAAGUAUCAUUUCACAAAAAUCGAGUGUGAAU